AUGAACCUGCGCGGCCUCUCCGCCACUGUGACCUCGUGCGUCGGCGGCCCAGAGGCCAAGUUCGCCGUCCAAGUGCGGCCGCCCGCCCCCGCCCGCGUCUACUUUGUCUACAAGACCGUCCGCGAGUUCGACGCGCUCUGGAACGCGCUCAGAGCCCUCGCGCAGCCCGUCCCGCGCCCCUACAGACAGCCGCCGCAGCAGCAGCCGCAGCAGCAGCUGGUGGAUCGACCGCGCAGUGGAGUGGCCGCGUGGCUCGCGCAGGUCGUGGACCACUGUGCGUUCCGAGCGCUCCUCGCCGACCUCCGGACGCGCGCGAACGAUACGCGUCGGACGCUCAAUGUGCUGCUGCAGUUCCUCGUGGCGCGCGUGUCGGCGCUUCUGAUGGAGCAGCGGCCGCUGUGGUGCCCCAUUGGCCGCGCGCUCGUGCGCCUGUUGCGCGCGUUUCUGCGCGCGCCGGCGGGCGGGGCGUCGCCUGCGACCUGUGGCGCUCUUGAGCGCUCGAGCAGCGGCGCGACCGCUGGCGGGCGGAAGCGGUCGCUGGACGAGAUGCGGCCGGAAGACGGACAGGAGCAGCGGCGGAGUCUCUUUCCGACGCGCAGUGGCCGCACGGACGCAAAGAGUGCGAAGCUCUGUGGACGGAGGGAGUGGGUGCUGCCGUCUCGCGGGCCAAUGGGUCUCGUGGCGCCCGUGACGUCUCGACGGCGCGUGUUUGCAGAAGUCGAGUUCUGA